AUGGAACUGACUCUCAGUUUAAUUUCAAAAUCAAGAAAACAUAAUUCAAGUUUCAUUCAAUCUUUAUUUUAUAGUUUACGCAAAACAGAAACUUUAUUUAAAAAACUGUUGAAUAUAUUCGAUUGCUUUACAUUGGAGAGACGAUCUCUUUCAACAAAACGAGUUGCAUUACCAAAUUGCCUAAUUUUUCAACAAACAUUUGGUUAUUAUUACUUUCAUUCUGAUCUUCCCAUUGUCAAGGCUGCCAUCAAUUUAGUGUUUCAGCAGAUGGAUGGAAAUGGCCUAAUUAUGGAGGGUAGAUUAGUACUAGCGUCACUUUUCGCACAGAAAAACAAUAUUAUCGACAAAACUUCAUUAAUAUUAAAAGACAUUCUACAGGGUUACGACAGACGGGCUAUCCCAUCACGAAAUGGUGAAGCAGUACAGGUUGUUAUUGAACUGCUUGCUACUAACAGAUUGCGCUUGAACCAUAUCGAAAAACAUUAUUCAUUGGUCUUAUUUCUGCGCGAAAGAUGGAAAGACUACCGUUUAUCAUAUGGAGAUAAAUAUUCCAAUUUCUCUAAUAAUAAUUACAUUGCACUUGGAGGCAAUUCUGCAAAUUCCAUAUGGUUACCAGACAUAAUAUUUUCAGGAGUUAGAAAAUUAACCCAUUUUACAUUGAGUAAACCUAACCUCAUGACUCGUAUUUAUGCAGACGGGAGGGUACUUCACAGUAGAUAGUAAGUACUUUAAGGCUCAGAUGUGCUAUCAUUUUUGCAGUCAUUGUUAACAAUUAUUGUUUUUGAGCAUGAUCAAUGAUCAAAUUUGUUUUUUAUGUUUUCGUUUUU